AGCCUCCUUGCAGCCCAGUCCUGCAGCGAGGCACGCAGCAGCACCCGCAGGCUUUCCUCUCACCUGCGGGGCAGCCCCAGCCCGGUGCUGCCCCUCGCCAUGAUCCUUUGGUUAUGGCUCUGCUGGAGCUUCUCCAUUGCUGCAGGGCAGCCGGACUCGGAGCUGCUGGCGAGGUACCUGGAGGAGAAGCUGAUGGCAGACUACAGCGUUGUAGAACAAGUUGUACGUCGUGUCCCAAGACAGACCAGACUUUUGCAGAGGCUGGAAACCAGGCCUCGGAUGUCUGAAUUCACUGUGAAAGCCACAGUCAUUUCGCGCUAUGCUUUCACCACGGUGUCCUGCACAAUGGUGAACAGCGGAUCUGAGGCAAGAGAAGGUGUGUUUGAGAUGCAGAUCCCAGCUGCAGCUUUCAUCUCCAACUUUACCAUGAGCAUUGGCAACAAGACUUAUUAUGGGGAGGUCACAGGGAAAGAAAAGAAAAACAGCAGUGAUGACAAAGCAAGGACCAAGAAACCUCCAGGCCCUCAGAAUGCAAGGGAGAAUGGCUAUGAGACAUUCAAAGCUUCUGUCUUCAUUCCUCGCAAGAUGCAAGCCAACUUCCUAUUGCAUUACGAAGAGCUCUUGCAAAGGCGACUGGGGAAAUACGAGUAUACGGUCAGCAUCCGUCCCCAGCAGCUGGUGGGCAGGUUACGGGUGGAGGUGAACAUCCUGGAGAACUCAGGCAUAGUGUCACUGGAAGUGCCUCCCCUUCGAAACAGCAAGCAUAAGGGCAAUGGGAAGGUUGAAGGUGAUGUUUCUCCUCCUCCUUCUACUGUAAUUGGACAUACAAAAACCUUAGCUAAAGUUACAUUCAGUCCCAAUGUUGUUGAACAAACCAAGAUUGCCCGAAAUGGCAUUUUGGGAGAUUUCAUAGUUAGAUAUGAUGUCAACCGGGAGCUGAGUGUUGGGGAUAUUCAGAUCCUUAAUGGGUACUUCGUACACUACUUCGCCCCCACAGAUCUUCCUCCGUUACCAAAGAAUGUUGUCUUUGUCCUUGACAGCAGUGCAUCCAUGGUGGGAACAAAACUGAGACAGACCAAAGAAGCUCUCUUCACAAUUCUCCAGGACCUAAGGCCUGAAGACCACUUCAAUAUCAUUGGCUUUUCCAACCGAAUAAAGGUCUGGCAGCAGGACCGGCUGGUGCCAGUUACUCCAAAUAAUAUAAGAGAUGCCAAAAAGUACAUUCAUAACAUGUCACCUACUGGAGGAACUAAUAUUAACAGUGCUCUCCAGACUGGUGCAAAGCUGCUAAAUGAUUACAUUGCUCAGAAUGACAUCGAUGCCAGAAGUGUCUCUCUGAUCAUCUUCCUCACUGAUGGGAGGCCCACUGUUGGGGAAACACAGUCAUCCAAAAUCCUCAGCAACACCAAGGAUGCCAUCCGUGAUAAAUUCUGCCUCUUCACCAUUGGCAUUGGCAAUGAUGUGGACUACAGGCUGCUGGAGAGGAUGGCACUGGAGAACUGUGGCAUGACAAGGCAUUUCCAGGAGGAUGAGGAUGCAGCCAGCCAUCUGAAAGGAUUCUAUGAUGAGAUAGGAACACCCCUUCUCUCUGACAUCCGUGUUGACUACCCUGAAGACAAUGUGGAGCAAGUCACUCAGAACUUCUUCCCUAACUACUUCAAUGGCUCUGAAAUUAUAAUAGCCGGCAAACUCAUCAACCGUACCUCAGAUAGCCUCCAUGUGGAGGUGACUGCUAGCAACUCCAAGAAGUACAUCCUCCUUAAAACAGAUGUGGCUAUUGACCUGCCAAGCAAGAAUGACAUCAGAGCUGUCCCUGGCCUGGAAGAUGGCAAAGGUGAUCAAAAUUACAUUGAGAGGGCAUGGAGUUACCUCACCAUCAAGGAAUUGCUUAACUCCCGGCUGAAGAGCGAUGACAAUCAAGAGAAAGAAUAUUUGAUGGAGAAAGCAAAGUCAAUGGCCCUGACUUACAAUUUUGUAACUCCCUUCACCUUUCUGAAGAUGAGAGAGGCUGGACUCCAUUCAGAACCCCCUCCAGAGGAGCUUAUCAGACCUUCUACUGAUGGCAUUGGUGAAAAGCUGCAGAGCUUGCAGGGACACAAAGCACCACCAGGUAUACGCAGACAACAAGAUAGGCAAAGAAUUAAAGUCUCCAAAACUUCAGCGGAUGGAGACCCUCACUUUGUCAUUGAUUUUCCCUCCAGCAAGUUCUCUGUCUGCUUCAAUAUUGAUGGAGAACCUGGAGACAUCCUUCGACUCGUCUCUGAUCAUAAGGAAUCUGGUGUAACGGUGAAUGGGCAAUUAAUUGGAGCUCCUGCACCACCCAAUGGCCACAAGAAGCAUCGGACUUACUUCAACACCAUCACCAUCCUCAGCAAUAAGCCACAGAGAUCUUACCUAGAGAUCACACCCACCAGGAUCAUCCUGGAUGAUGGGGAAAGGCUUAUUCUGUCCUGCGACCGGAGCGCUGUUGUGCGGAGCAGCAGCCUGGAAGUGUCUGUCUCUGCCAAUUCCAACAUCACUGUGACGAUACGAGACACAAUCAGCUUCGUCAUCCUCAUCCACCACUACAAGAAGCCAGCCCCAUAUCAGAAGGAUCACCUGGGUUUCUAUAUCUCCAACAGUAAAGGCCUCUCUUCUGACUCCCACGGGUUACUGGGUCAGUUCUUGAACCAUGAAGUUAAACUUCUUCAGGAAUCUCUAAACACAAGUAAUCAGCAGGUUGGUCAGAACCAAACUGAAGCAUUAAAACCAAACCCUACAAACACCCUGAAAGUGAAGGGACGGCUUGUUCCUGUUGUGUGGAAGCAGAGGAGGAUCUACAAUGGCCAGCAGGAAGUUGACUGCUGGUUUGCCAAAAACAAUGCAGACAAACUGAUCGAUGGGAGCUAUAAAGACUAUUUGGCUUCUCAUCCUUUUGACACUGGCACCAGCUCUGGGAUGCUUAACAGCCUUUAGGACUGAUCAUAGCAAUGCAUUGCAGCAGCAUGUGUGACAGUGGGUCCCUUCUGAAGCCUCUAGAGAUAGGCAACUUAUAAAUAUUUCUUUACUUUUUGGUGCCAAAGAAACCAAGGCUUUUUCCCCUUGGAAAUCAACUGUCUCUCAUGCUAGAUGAACAGGGUUCAUCAACUUUCUGAAGACAAGGAUGGGGAAGAGGGUUGAGGACACAGUGGGACCACAGUCCCAUGCGGUGGGAGGGAGAAAUGGGCUAGCUGUCAAAUCUAACAGUGCAGAGAGCUGCUGGCUUUAAAAUAAACCCAUGCAGGGAUCUGUGCAAUACCCCCAGGGGCUGGUGAAUCACCCAGUGAAAGGUAUGAAUCAUGCAGCACAGUGCCUAUCUAACUUUAGGUGAUAAAAGUUUGCAAAGAAGUGACUUGGAGCACAUGCUCCAGCCAUGGUCCGAGAGGAGAGAUGGGUGGAUAUCCAUCUGCAGAGAGCCAUUAGCAUCAAAAAGGUAAAAGAGAUCAAAACCUUAAAUCAAGAGGUCACAACAGGGUAUUGCUUUUAUGGCUAUUGGGAUGGGGUCUGGAUUUUCCACUGAGCGUGAUGUUCCCUGUACCACUACUACUUAAUACAGUGGUGAAAACCCUCGUGUGGUUUGUUGCUGUCCCAAGAGUACAGGCUGCCUGCUUCGAAAGCACCUGUGGUCCUCAGCAGCAAUAGGAGUGGUGCUAGCUCCCAUUCCAUCAAGCAUGCCAUUUAAAUGACAUCAUAGGUUUAGUGAUUUCAUCCUGAUUCUUUACUUCCUCUGUGAGAAACAAAAUUCCAUUGUGAGCUUCCAACAGACCUCCCACCUCCUUGAGCAGAGCAUCACUUCUGCUUUGCGGGGAUUUAUAUUUGCUAAAAGAUGAUGAAUCUGCACUUGCAAUAGCUUAUGACCCUAUAAAGCACUGUCUAAAUCUUGAAUUUAGACUAGAAAUUUCUAGCUGCUUUUCUAAUCAGGGAGGAAGUAUUUAUUUACUCCAAAUUUUCAAAACCUUUUCAUCCCAGUUACCCUGGCAGCUUCUCUUUCCUUACACUGCAGGAAUUUGUACAGAGCAGGAAUUUGGCAGCAGGAAGUUAGGGAAGGGUCUGCCAGCCACCCCCACUGCAGGUGGUGCUGCACUGCAAGGAAACCUCCAAACCCAAACAGCAAGGCUGUGGUCUAUUUUAAAAUGAGGCACCACUGAAUAAUGCUAUACAUCAGCCACAGGGGAGUUUGCUUAGUAGAGAACUUGGCCAAAGACGACUUUGACAGCCACAAAGACGUUUACAUGGCAAGGCCAAACUGAACUCAUGUAUACUCUGCCUUUUCCAGGACUGAAAGGAAGGCGGGUGUGUGUCGGGGAGUGGAAGCAUCCCCAGCAGCUAAAUGAUAUCCAUGUGUUAGGAAAAAAAUUGAGUUGCCAGAGAUCUGCAGAAAUAAGAUCAAUCUUGACUGAUUUUUUGCAUAUUUAAAAAUUAAAUCAUGCUGUUGCUGUAGGAGCUCCAGCUGGUGGUGGUGGUUUGGGUGGGGUUGUUUUCCAGUUGCUUGAUCAUUGAGGUAGCACUCCUAGCACUGUGACAGCAGAGCAGGUAGAGAGCACAGUUGCUCAUUCACACCAUGUGUUGUAGGGAGAAGGAAACAGCCAAAAGCAACCAGCUAAACUUAAUUGUGCUGUGGAAGGUCCUUCUAGAGAGCUCAGUCACUGCAAAACUUGUGCUGAGGCUCAUACAUUGGAAGAAAACAUGGAGACAAAACUACUUACUGCCUUGAGCCUGGCUGGUUUGGAAAACAGCCCUCCUGCAAGGGAGAAUUGAAGGAGAGAUCUUUGGCAGUCCUGAGCGUACAAGAGCUGAAGACACCAAGGCUUAGCAGCAUGCACGUGAAUAAGGAAUACAAUGAGAAACAGUGUCUGUGAGGUUGACCUCUCCACCCAAGAAGAAGGUGGGAAGAUCACCCAUUCCAUUCCCUAGUCCCAUCCCAUUUGUACAGGGUGAACAAGGUAGUGGCAGUGAACUUCUAGUAGUGCUAGGUUCAGCAGGUGUCUUCAUACAGUUGUUACUGCAAAGAGCUUUCUUUGAAAUUUUCACUCUCCUCCCACAUUUUGCUGUUCAAGUGUAUCGCUAGGGGAAGUGAUUCGGUUAGGCUCCCCUCUCUCCUGUAUAUAGGUAUGUAUAUAUACACAUAUGUAUUGCUAACGCUUCGGGUGCUUCAUUGGCCCUCUCCCGCCAAGAACACAUUCCUUCCAGGGUUUGAAAAGAACAGUGAUCAAGUCCAACUUCCCCGCCCUGUGAAGCACCUGGAGCAGUAUACUCAAGUUCUCCUUAGGGCUCCAUUUAUCCAUUUCACAAUAAAUAUUUUACAGCG